AUGUUCAAUUUGUUACGUAUUCAAGUCUGGUGUACAUUAGGCUUAAGUAUUGUUUUAACCCAAGAACCCGUGACUAAUCUCCCACAAGGACGUAUUGUUGGGAUAAAAGCUUACAUAGAAGGGUCCAACACGCCAAUAGAAAUAUACUAUGGUGUUCCGUAUGCAACGCCCCCGAAAGGAAGAUACAGAUUUUCGGCUCCAGAACGGCACACGGGUUGGAGACGAACAUUUUUUGCCCAUAGGAUACCUCCACAUUGCCCCCAUAUUGGAGACGACGACAAGGACAAUUACAGCGAAGAUUGUCUUUAUUUAAACAUAUGGACACCUCGGCGCUCAGAUGGUAAAACUUUACCAGUGGUUGUGAUAUUAUUCAGUGAAUCGUGGAUAAAAGGUGGCGUAUCUCUUCCUUGCCAAGAAUUAGCAGCCGAGGGGAUAGUGGUAGUCACAGUGAUGUAUCGAUUACACCUACUUGCAUUUUUUACUCUGCGCACUGUAGCUGCUAGGGGUAAUCUUGCAUUGUUGGAUCAAUACUUGGCAAUGCUCUGGAUUCGUGACAACAUUGCAGCAUUUGGUGGAGAUCCUACUGCAAUCACUUUACUUGGACACUCCGCCGGUGCUGAUAGUGUACUGCAUCAUAUUACUUCACCACGAUCUCUUGGUUUAUUUCGAAGAGCAAUCAUUAUGUCACCGUUUGAUAUUUGGAAAAUAAUUGGCGAAAAGGUUGUUGAAGUUACUCAGGUUGAACGAAUGUCUCGUGAAAUUGCAAAGGCACUCGGCUGUAACGGUGACACAGAUCACGAAAUUCUCCAUUGUAUGCGAGAGCGCCCUUUGUCGGAAUUAAUGUCAUUAUAUUCGAACGAUUCCUGGAAUAGAUUUAUGCAACCGAUUUCUGAUAAUUUUUUACCAGAAUCUGAACAAUUUUUGCCGAAUUCAAUAAUGUCUGGCUUGACAAAUCAAGCAACCAAAAUACAACUCGAUGUUCUUCUAGGCGCGAAUGAUCUCGAGGCUUUGAAUAAUAAUGUUAUGAAAUAUGAAGAAUUAAUGAAGCAAGGAAACCUUUACGCGAAAAACAAAGUAAUAGUCGAAAGUCUUCGUUUUUUCUCUUUGGAUCGAUCGGAAAUGUUACCCCUGUUAGUGGAAGCCGUACGUUGGGAAUAUUGGAACAAUAAAACAAGAAAUGUAAAAGAGGGACUUGGUAAUGUGGAGUUUCUGGGGCGAGUUGAAUCUGCAGCAAAAUGGAACUCGGGUAUCGUACUGAUUGCAGCUCGUUUGGCGAAGAGAGUUAGGCGCCUCUUUGUUUAUAGAUACUCACAACCAGCUGGAGUUGAUCUAAAAGGACAACAGUACAAUUUUACUGGAGCAGUCCACGGAUCCGAUUUAGUGUCUCUGUUAGGAGAUGCAUUAAUGCUCCAGGUAGCCCGACGACCCUCUACAAAAGAAGAAAAGAGAGUUUCGUUUCUCUUACGAAGACAUUUAAUUAACUUCAUUCAAUUUGGUUCACCUGGCGAAGAAUCAAUCUGGCAACCCUACAAAUCAUCGGACGCCAACGUAUAUGAUAUAAUACGAAAAAUUCCUAUCCUUACUACCAUAAUGCUGAAAGAGAUGCCAGAUUUUGGCUUCAGUAUUUGCCACAACUGAACAUUAUUUUGGAUACCGCAGAGAAAACAGGAAAACUGACAGACGAAAAAGAUGAAAAUCGACUCAGAGGCGGUGUUCUUGCAAUGUGUGGCGUCACAAUAGUACUUUUGCUACUUCUCGUUAUUUGUGGUAUAAUAUUACAUAUACAAAAGUCACGUAGAUUUACCGUUGUUGAUGAGAAUCAUCAUUAA